CACACACGAUCAUGGAGUGGUGCCGUGGUGUGUGGGCUCUGUAUUUUGUAGUUCUCGUGUGUAAUAUAGGUGUCAUAUACUCGAAAUUAUCAAGCCAUAGAUUGUGCGCAAAUUUAGAAUGCAAUGUUCCUGUAUCACACGGGUUUUCCCUGAUGCGUUAUGCAGCAAGGGAAAAGGGAAUGCUCAGUAUGAAGCCCAAUGACAGGGUCAUCAUAUACAGCUACCCAGCUGGAGACAAUCCCAGUUUGUUAGGUGUGGAGGUGAAUGGAGUCCGAGGUUAUGUACCCAAGACAUUUGUGCGAGAGCAGCGAAUAGAAAAGAGAGCAACAGAGCUGGUGGAGGUGGAGGAGGCAUUACGUCCGCGGCCAGCCGCGCCGCCGCCACCGGCCGCCCGGCCGGCCACACCCCUGUAUCCGUACAGCCACGAGUGGCGCGACCGCAAGGUGAAGUUGAAAACGCGUGCCCCUGACUGGCAUCACAAGUACCUGCGUACCUUGCGGGAGCGGCGGCAGCAGCAGCAGGCGGAGCUGCUCGCGGCCAGCCAGCAACAGCCGGUCACCCAGCCAGCUGUCAAACAGCAGCCUGGGGCUCAGCCAGGCAUGCAACAGCAACCAGGAGUCCAGCCAGGCAUGCAACAGCAACCAGGAGUCCAGCCAGGCAUGCAACAGCAACCAGGAGUCCAGCCAGGCACGCAACAGCAGCCAGGGGUCCAGCCAGGCAUGCAACAGCAGCCAGGGGUCCAGCCAGGCAUACAACAGCAGCCAGGGGUCCAGCCAGGCAUGCAACAGCAGCCAGGGGUCCAACCAGGCAUGCAACAGCAGCCAGUGGAACAGCAGCCUGGAACCCAGCCUAAGUUGCAGCAGCAACCAGACGCUCUGCCUUACACCCAACAGCAAGCCCCAGUGUUGCCAAACACGCCGGAAAAAACAGGGGCCGGGCAGAGUACACAAGGCCAGCAGGUGGUUCAUCGUGCCACGCCAGCCCAGGUGGGGUCCCAACCCGACACACAGUCCCAGCCAGCGAUUGUAGGGGGCACCCAACAGCCAGGGAUCGAGCCGAGCACACCCGAACAGAACAGCACGCAGUCACGUGAGGGUCAUCCCACCGCGCAUCAGCCCCUGGCCGACCUGCCUGUGGCUCGCCAGGAGACGCCAUCGGUUCUGUCGCUGGCUCAGCAGCAGCAGCAGCAUCAGCAGCAGGCGGCGGCGUUCCAGCCGGCCGGUCAGCUGCUGCAGCAGCACCCGCAUCUGCAGCUGAGCGGCGCCCCGGGCUUGGACGCCAGCGGCGGACACCGGAAUCUGUUCGGCACCGUGGUGGGUGCCUCGGCGCAGCAGCUGCAGCCGUCGCCAGACGGCGCCGCUGCGCUCCGGGGGGCCCUCGGCAGCGCGAGCGCGGAGCCGGCCGCCGGCGUGCCAUCGCAGGCUGCUGAGCCGCACCAAACGCCGCCGACCGCCGCUGACGCUCCGGAGAUGGCUGCGGAAAAGAAGGCGGAAGGUCCGAACGUGGACGCCAAGCCGGCGCCGACUGACGGCUCGCAGAAGGCCGAUCUGGAAGCGGUGCCGAAGGGCGCAGAGCAUGCAAACGGCGGGGAGGAGGUCGAAGCCACCGGCGGAGACUUUCCAGGCGAUAAAAUGACGACCGAUUACGAAGACGAGUAUCUCGGCUAUGACGUGGCGGGAGACGCGGCGGACGUCGGCGAGGCCGGAGGCGUGUCGUCGGCGCUGGAGGGCGGAGCGACCCCGUUGUCCAGCCCACCGCCGGCGGGGACCACGACGCCAGCCCCGGGUGAGGCGGAGCCCGCCGCCAUGCCACCGCCGCCGGCCGUGACGCCGGUCCCGGACCGGGCGGAGACCACCGCCCCACCGCCGCCGCUGGUGGCAGGGGUCGAGACGGAGGCAGACGCGCCGCCGCGGAGUGCGGCCCAGCCGGUCGGCUGGGGCUCGGUGGUGCAGGUGAAUGGGCCGGGCGCCGGCGUCGCCCCGACUGAGGAGCCGGCUGUGUCGCUGCCGCCGGCUCCCGACUCGUCGCCGCAAGACCAGCCGACCGACCCCGUGGAGCAGCCGGCGGCCGGUUUCGGCAUCCCCGGCCCGCCGGGGCUGACCGCCGCGCCGUCGCGGACCGCUGCAGCCGACGAGGGCAGUGUCGCGCCGCAGACGGGGGACCAGCGCUCAGCGGAGCCCGCGGAGGACGACGGCAGCUUGCCGCCUGCCCCCGUCCUGACCGCCGGACGGCACUCUGCCCGGGAGAGCGAUGCCUCGGAGGUCCCGGGGCCGGGACGGCAGGCGCUGCAGGACACCGCCGAGGGGGUGCCGAUGCCGGGGCAUGGCGGUGACGAGAUCCUGUCGAAGGGGCAGGCUUCGGAGUGUGGGGAGCCCGGUGAGGCCGCUGCAGCGUCGGUCGGGCUGGAUGCCGAGCGCGGCCUGCUGCGCGAGCGGCGCCGGCUGGUGCGCGAGCUGAAGCGGAGGCGGCCACCUCUGGGCGACGCUAGCCCGACCGCGCUGCCCAGCUACGACCCGCUGUCGCGCGACUACCGCCGGCCGUCGUACGCGCAGUUCCGGGGCGAGGCGGCGCUAAAGCGGGCCGUCAGUAAGCUGCACCAGCGGCUGACAGUCUACAAGGAGGAGACGGACUCCUUGAAGGCGCAGCUGGAGCAGACCAACAAACAGCUGGUGGAGGGUGGGUCGGUGGACAGCCAGGCGAAGCUGCAGGCGGCCGCUGCCGACCAGCAGGCGGCUGAGGACGAGCUCGAGGACGCCCGCUUUCAGAUCACCGAGCUGAACGGCCAGGUGGCCGCGCUCGAACAGGAGCUGCAGGAGGCGCAGCAGGUGCUCGAGGAGCAGACGGCCAUGCUCAGCUCGCAGCAGGCAAACAACCCUCAGCUAGACUCUAUGAUUGUGGAGACGGUGAGCAAGCUGGAGACGGAACUGAAGCAGCAGCGCAAGAAGCUGAUGGGUGAAGUUGACAAGCUGAAGAAAGACAAGAAGCACCUCAACGAGGAGCUGUCAAAGACCAGGCCAAAAAUUAAACAGCUGGAGUCCCAGCUGGCAGAGUCUGAGGGCCUCGUCAGUGAGCUGGACACGCUGCGCGGCGUGCUCAAGAGCCGCGAGGACGGCACCGACAACGGUUCGGAUGGAAAUGUUCAGGCACUUCUGGAUGGGAGUAAGCUUAAGGCCCAGGUUGAAAAGCUUACGAAAGAGAGAGCUAAACUGAAGGAGAAAUGGAGACAGGAGCGGGAGAUGCUGAAGAAGGCUCAGGAGGCCGAGAAGACACUGGCCGCUGACAUGACGCAGCUGUCCGAACGCUGCGAGAAGGCCGAGGUGGACAAGUUCGAGGCCGAGUCCAAGCUGGACCACCUGGAGAAGUACUUCCAGAAGAAGGAGGUCUCCUUCCAGGCGGAGAUGGGCGUGCUGAAGUCGCGCCUCAAUCACACCGAGGGAGACGCCUCCAGCAACCAGGGCCUGCUGCUCCAGUACAGCGAGCAGCUGGAACAGAACAAACUGCUGAUUGAGUCGCUCAAACAGGAGAUUCAGGACCAGGAGCGCUCGUUCCGCUCCCAGAUCCAGGCGCUGGAGAAGCGCGCUCACGAGAGCUGGGUCACGUGCCGCCAGGCCGAGCGCCGGCUGGAGGAGGCCAACAGAGAGGCGGCGCAGUACCGCGCCCUGUGA